AUGUCCGGCCCGAGCACUGCCACGACCAGCUCCUCGUCGGCCCUGUCGACCUGGCUCACGACCCACCGCCGCGCCGUCCUCGUCGCGGCCGCGUCCCUCACCAUCUUGACCGCCGGCUCGCUCUACUACGCCAACUCGUCCUCGGCCCAAAAGACGGUGCGCGACACCGCCCGCGACGCCAAGAAGGAGGCCGACAAGCUCACCAAGGACUCGAAGAAGUCGCGCAAGGCAAAGGGCGCCGCCGACAAGCCCUCGUCGAGCCCGACCGGCUCGUCCUCGUCCUCGUCGGCCGACAAGGCCGCCCAGGUCAAGCCUGUCGACGAUGACGACCCUCUUCGACUCUCGGCCGCCGACAUCGAGGUCAUGGACAAGGAGGCCCGGUCCAAGUCGGCGUUGGCGCUCAAGGCGCGAGGCAACAAGCUGUACUCGGCCAAGCAGUACACGGACGCCAUCGCCUACUACACCAAGGCGAUCGAGUGCGAGGAGCAGGCCGUCUUCUACUCGAACCGCGCCGCGUGCUACACCAACCUGAACGACCUCGACCAGGUCGUCGAAGACUGCACCUCGGCCCUGCGCCUCGACCCGUCGUACAUCAAGGCCCUGAACCGCCGCGCGACGGCGCGCGAGCAGCUCGGCGGCCCGAACAACCUGUACAAGGCCCUGUGCGACUUUACGGCGUCGGCCAUCCUCGACUCGUUCCAGAACCAGGCGACGACCGACAGCGUCGAGCGCGUCAUGAAGCAGCUCGCCGCCGAGAAGGCGCAGCAGAUCCUCGCGACGCGCGAGCCGCGCCUCCCGAGCCCGACCUUCAUCACGGCCUACCUUACCGCCUUCCGCGAGCAGGCGCCGCCGGCGCUCCCGGCCAACCCGGCCCAGGGCGACCGCACGCUCCAGCUCGCGUUCGAGGCCCUGUCGGCCAAGGACUUUACGCACGCCCUGUCGCUCUUCAACGAGGCGCUCGACCAGGGCGUCACGCAGGCCCCGGCUCGCGCCGCCGCCCUCAACAUGCGCGCCACGUUCAAGUUCAUCAUGAGCGACGCCGAGGGUGCGCUCGCCGACCUCGACGCCGCGACCGACGUCGACCCGGACAGCGCGCAGAGCUGGGUCAAGAAGGCGAGCGUCCACAUGGAGCUCGGCCGCCCGGACGACGCUAUGCAGGACUUUGAGCGCGCCCUUGCCAUCAACGCCAAUAACGCCGAUGUCUUCUACCACCGCGGCCAGGUCUACUUCAUCACGGGCGAGUUCGACAAGGCGAUCGCCGAGUACCGCAAGUCGAGCGAGCUCGACCCGUCGUUCAUCUUCUCGCACAUCCAGCUCGCCGUCGCGCAGUACAAGAGCGGCUCGACCGAGAAGGCGCUGCACCAGUUCCGCCGACUCGUCGAGAAGAACCCGCAGAGCCCCGAGGUGCACAACUACUACGGCGAGCUGUUGCUCGACCAGCAGCAGUUCACUGAGGCGGUCGCCCAGUUCGACAAGUCGAUCGAGCUGUCCAAGUUCACCGUGCCGCGCAACGUCCUGCCCAUGGUCAACAAGGCGCUCGCCAUCUUCCAGCACCGCCAGGACUUUGUCGAGGCCGAGAAGAUCUGCCGCGAGGCGGUCGCCAUCGACGAGCAGUGCGACGUCGGCGUCGCGACCCUCGCCCAGCUCCUCCUCCAGCAGAACAAGGUGCACGACGCUGUCGAGAUGUUUGAGCGCAGCGCCGAGAUGGCUCGCACCGAGCCCGAGCUCGUCAACGCCCUCACGUACGAGAACGCUACCCGAGCCCAGCUCGCGUUCCUGUCCGAGUACCCGGAGCAGGCGACUCGCCUCGGACUGAACCGGACAAACUAGUCGCUCGUUCCACCUCGACCUAUCCUUCCUGUGCAAGCCCUCUUUCGUUCCACCCCUCGCCCCCCUCCCCCUUCCUCUCGCUAGCUCCCUCUCUCCCGUUGUUGCGCGCGUGCGGCCUGAAAUGUACAUGCUCCUCCUCCUGUC